AUGUGUGAAAGAGCAGUACCACAGGUCACUCAGAACUACGGCGAGUUUGCGAUUGUCAUCGCCGCUCAGGUAGACGACACGAGCCAGACAGCGCACUAUUGGGAUUUGGUGCACGCAAGGGGCCGCGUUGCAUAUUUUAUUUCAACCCGGUACCUGCAAAAGGUGUUGAAGCCCAUCUUGAAGCUAGGUCCAACUGAUGCAGCAGCUCAGAUACUGCUGGAAGACGCGCAUGCUGCUGCUUUAACCAUUCCUGAGGCGUGCAGUGAACCACAACAGCAGCAGCACCAGAAGCAACUGCAGCGGCGGUGGCGUGUUGCACAGCCACUUGCUCCCCUAUCCCACACCCUCUUAGAGUUGAUGUGCGGCUCUCGCCCAACCCAUGUGCGGUUACUGCAGAGUGAAGCGGUGGCCACUUACGUGGGGAUCGACGCCUCCCAACGGGCACUCUCCCUGGCCCGGGAGGCCUGCAGAAGGCAAAUAUUCACAGUAGAGCUCUUCAGAAGCGGCACCAUGCAUGCAGCAGGAGGUGCCGCAGAAGGAGUUAUAGGAGCAGCGGAAGCAGGACCUCGAACAACAACUGCAACUUGUGUGCACGAGCUCCUAGGAAGGUGCAUGCUGCUGCGAAAUGACUGCCGCAUGCUAAGCGAGGAGCUGCCUUUGUUGCAAUCGCGAUUCGUUUUGCUAGUGGCAGGGCUAGACGACAUUAUAGCGCGCAGCACUACAGACAACACAGACGCACGAGGGCCCUGUGACGAGGCAUUGCUCCAGGUGCUUCACUCUGCCGCAUUCGCGCUGCCCGUGGGUGGCACUUUGCUGCUGGUAGAGCCCACGAAACACUUCCCAGAGCUGCUGCUUUCUCUGUACAAGGCAUUGCAGCAUCCUGUGUUGAGCUGCCGGCUGCUUAUGUGCGAGGCCGCGGAGCUCGUGGGUCCCGCUCGAGAUGUUCUCUUGCUUCGCCUGCGAAGGCAUACAGACGCCUCGGAAUGUAUGCGGGCUCUUGAACACUUCCAUGCGACUGAUGUUGCAAGACUCGCAGCCAGGAAGGCUUUCCGCCGUGGUCUCCAAGGGGCUCUUGAGGCUCCCCAGGCAGUGCAGCAAGCGAUGCCCUUGUGCCACCGUCUUUCCCUGGUCCAGCAGGCAGAAGAGAUGGCGUUCCUCCUUUGUCAGGCCUGCAAUGAAGGCAACAUAUUCGCUACGACGAAACUCCUGGCCCUGGGUGCAGAAGUAAACUACAGCACCACCAAUAACAGCACUACUGCAUAUCCCCUGUGCGCAGCUGUGGCUGCAGGCGACCCCCACUUGGUAGACUUGCUGAUACGUCAUGGAGCAAAGCCAACGGGGAGUCCCUACGAUGACCCUCUUUCCGUAGCUGCAGAGUUGCUGCUACGGGAUGCAGUUGCAGCCGGCCUGUGUCUUCCAGACGAAUUCAAGUGUACAGGCUGCAACAGCGUAGAGGAAAAGCACAUUGCAGCAUACAGCAGCGGGGGUCCCACCCGUCUCCUCACUAAUUUGGCCCUGUGGUGA